AUGUCUGCUGCAGUCAGUAUGGUUUCUGUGGUAUCACGGAAGACUUCUGUGGAGACGGGUGCCAGCCCAACUCGGACAAAGCGGGAUGUGGCGUUGCUCACUGAAUGUCCCGUCAAUACGGACGCUCUUACAUACAAGAGGCGAAUCGCUUACUAUGAGCUCUUCACCAGGACUCGGAGCUGCAAUGUCAAAGAGCCAGAGUCGUUGCCCCUGGGACCACUCACCCACCUUAACCUGGCCUUUGUCAACUUUGGCUCCGACUUCAAGCUCAUUGAUGACGACUCGGACUGGGUGAGGCGGACGGUGCUGAGGAAGAUCAAGUACCCCGAUUUGCGAAUCAACAUUGCAAUUGGCGGGUGGACGUUCAACGACCCGCCUACUUCUACGUACUUCUCCGACAUGGUCGGCUCAUAUGAUGGUCGCGCCACGUUCAUCAAGUCGGUUUGCGACUACCUCCGGACAUACGGACUCGAUGGCGUCGACAUUGAUUGGGAAUACCCAGGAGCCACGGACCGUGGCGGCGGACCCAGAGACGACACUCUUUAUGUCCAGAUGCUGGCCGAGCUGAAAGAAGCCUUCGAACGAGAGGGUGCGGGCUGGGAGAUCUCGGUGACUCUGCCCACGAGCUACUGGUACCUCCGCGGGUUCAGCCUCGAGAACAUGCAGAGGCAGAUUGACUACUUUAAUAUCAUGUCUUACGACAUCCACGGCAUGUGGGAUUUCGACAACAAGUGGACUGGGCCGUAUCUCAAGGGACACACAGACUGGACCGAAAUCGACAUGGGGCUCGACCUGCUAUGGAGGAACAACAUCAAGCCCGAGAACGUCGUCCUGGGCUUUGGUUUCUACGGUCGCUCCUUCACCGUGGCCGACCCUUCGUGCACGGAGCCCAACAACGUGUGCCAAUUUGCCACGGGUGGCAUCCCUGGGUCUUGCUCGGACACGGCUGGAGUUCUCACUUACGACGAAAUUGCCAGCCGCAACAGCACGCUUGAUGUCAAGACAUUCUACGACCCCGAGACCACGGUCAAGUACAACAUCUUUGGAGGCAAUCAGUGGGUCUCAUAUGACGAUGGCCAGUCCUUCAGAGACAAGCUCUCAUGGCUCUCGAAAAGAUGUCUCAGCGGUCUCAUGAUCUGGGCCAUUGACCAGGACACAGGCAACUGGACAGCCAUGGGCGAGCUAUUCGGCGACUAUUCGAGCACCGAGCUGCAUGGUCUCAACGGCGACUCGGCGGAGAAACUCCAUGACCUCUUCGGGCAGUACACAGGCCAGGACUGCUUCGUCACGCCGCGCUGUACAGACGGCAGCAAGGGCGAGCAGGGGCCGGACCAAGUGUGUCCCGGCGGCACCAUGUCGGUCGAUGUUGCCCACAAUCCCCAACAGCGACACCCCAAACCUCUGUACGGAGACUGCAGCACAGGCUGGUACCGUCACAUAUGCUGCCCCGUCAAAUCCAUGCCCAAGCACUGCGAGUGGAACGGGGAGCCCGAGCGCAGUGAAAUCGGAUGUUCCGGGAAGUGCGGCGAGGGCACCUUUGAGCUCAACGAAGACACAGCCAUCGAUGCCAAGGGCACAAAGCAGUGCUACCAGGGAAACCGGAAGCUUUGCUGCCAGGGCACCAAGAUCAUCGAGGAUUGCGUCUGGAGUCCAUGCCAGGGGCCGCUUAGUGGCGCACAGAACCCCGAGUGUGAGGAGGGCUACGAGUACCAAGCCUUCCGCUAUGACAAGCCAGAUGGUGUCGGACUGUGCAGAGAGGAAUACAUAUCGCCAGUCGACGGUAGCAAGGGAAGUCCCCUGAUGGAACCGUUCAAAAGCGCCCUGUGUUGCCCCAAAGGAAGGAGCUUUGGAAAGUGCAACUGGGCAAACGAUCCAUUGCCGCCGCCUCCGCCGGUGUGGGGUGACCCCAAGUUGUAUUGCCUGCCUCAGCCCUGCAAGGCCGAUCAGCUCGAGAUCGCUGAUGCCAUCAACCCCCCGCGGUCGUCUUCCUUGGGGGGUGGGAGGUCUGAGAUGUCAUGCGACGGCAUCUCGUUGCCUCCCAACUACGAUCCUCACAUCGGACUGUGCUGCGAGCCACCGUCAACUUGGAAUAAGGACUGGCCAGUCGACCCCGAAAAGCUUUGGGACGUCCACUUCAACAACCCGGACACCGAUAGGGCGCUAUGGGCAUAUGAUGACGAGUACGAUCACAACGAUAAGGACAAGCAGCGGUCGGAUAACCCGGACGGAACGGACGCAUACGGCUUCCUGAUGCUGAACGGCAAGAAGGAAGCCCUUGAAGACAAUUUCAGCAACACCCACACCGUUGUGCGAAGGACAGCUGCCGUCCCGAACGUCAAGCGGGAGAUCAUCACGAACAACCAGACCAAGGUCGACCAGGUGUUCGACCACGCCGAAGAAACUUUCUACGUCUACUGCAGCUAUUCGGCCGGUUCCCAGCAAUGCGAGGAUGUGUGGGCGGGCGGAGUCGAGGACACCAUCAUCCGGCUCCCAAGCCACGUCGGCGAGGGUCCAUUCGCGCGCAUCGUGUCGAUGAAGCCCGCGGGCGAGGACUACGCUCUGCCCAACCACCACAUCCAGCACCGGUCCCUCGACGGGCUUCACGACAACCCAGUCUACGAGCUGAAGAUCGACUACAACUUCCAUCUCGUCCGGGACGACCGCGGGCCCGUCCAGAUCCGCGUCGACUACACGAACCUGCUGGGCUACUGGAAGGAGCUGACCGACUCGCCGCACUCGAAGCGCAGCCGCGUCUGGGGCUCCUCCCCCGCCGUGGAGGACGACGGCUUCACGAUGCGCCACUUCCGCGACCGCGUCAACCGCGCCGAGGAGGUCGAGGAGCAGCUCAACAAGAAAAGGAAGCGGCAGUACGUCGAGACGACGAUGCCGUUCGAGGUCCGCCCCGCCGCGCCGCCGGACGGGGCCGAGUGUUCUGAUCCCGAGACACAGCAUCAAGAACGACGUGCCGACGUGGCCAGGAGGGACGGCAACGUCGCCAAGCGCUGGUGGGGCAUCUUCGCCAAGUGGCUGGAGAAGCUGACGACGGUCCGCAAGGCCGAGGUGGGAGACCUGCCGCUGGGAUGGGCCGACGAGAUCAACCUGUUCAAGGCCCAGUGGGGCUGCCCCGGCAAGCUGUGGUCGGCGAACCUGCGGAUGGACCUGCAGGCGCGGGUGAGCAUGCAGGCGACGUAUGCGUACUACUUCUCGGCGACCUUCAUCCCGCCCACGCAGAAGCCCGACGUCUUCUUCUACUUCGGCAUCCAGCCUGAGGCGGAGCUGAUGUUGAAGCUUGUUGGAAAUGCGGGGCUGCAUUGGACUUCGGAUCGGAAGAAGAUCAUCGAUACGCUUGGAUACCCCGGGCUGGCGAUCAAGGGCAUUGCGGCGGUGGGACCGACGUUGGAUGUUUAUGGACAGAUGAAAGGAGAGAUCAACAUCCACGGAGAGGCCAAGGCUGGCGUGACCCUCAAGUUCGAUAAGGCGCAGGCGUAUUGGCCGCAGGAUAGCUCAGAUGUGGCCAAGUACGACGAGUAUCUCGACUUGGGGCUAGUGGAUGAUCCCCCGAACAAGCCCAGCGGCCCCGAGCUGGCCCCGACUUUUGAGGCUGGCGUCCAAGUCACUGCUGAUCUCUAUGUUAUUGUGCAGCCCGAGGCAAACGUGGGAAUCAAGAUAGGGGGUGAAUCAUGGACCGGGGGCCUGUCCCUUAUCGACGCCCAAAUCACGGCGUGGGUCCGAGGCAUGAUCCAAUUCCACGCCGCCGGAGCAAUCAGCACCGUGACCAAGGCAUGGGACUACUCGUACGGCGCGUAUCUCUACUACAACCUCGGAUACAACGCCCAUGCCACGAUCCUCCAGUGGGCGACGUGGGCGCUGGGCGAGAGAGCCGCUUACUCGCCGGACCACAAGUAUACUAUCUACGAGAACAGCGGAUCGAUUCCCAUCGGUGACAACAAUGCGAAGCGCAUGGUCAAGCUGAUCGACGAUCCGUCCCAGGCAGAGCCCUUUGGCAAUGACACGACGAGCGUCAAUGCCCUGUUGGAUCCUAGCUAUCUCUUUAGACGGGCUGAUGAUGCCAAUGGCGAUGUCGAUCCUGCGAUUCCUACUUUCACCAAGCCAAUAACCUGCCCUGCAGGGUCUUCUGCGGACAUCACAAUCCCCGAGUUAAGAUUCAACUGCGGCGCCUUCCCCCCCCUCCAAGUCCUAGACCUCACCGGCCAGUACCAGAACAUGGCGCCCCUCUGCCAAGGCUACAAGGCCGUGCAAGGCCUGCCUAUGACGCUGACCCACGCACCGGAACUUGAUGUCGCGCAGGGCAAGUGGCUGCGCAAGAAGCGCCGCAAGCAGUGCCCCAACCUCAAGAGCGACGACGACUCGUGCCCGCCGCAGACGGCCAAGCUGCACGCCGCCAUCGGGUACACGGGCAAGGAGAAGAAGCUCGAGUGCGACGAGUUCCCCUGGGCGUCGAGCGAGGAAGGCGGCGACUUCAAGCCCGAUAACCAGAGGAGCCAGGUUUGUGUGCCGAGCGCGCAGAACGGGUUGGGUGGGAACUGUAUUGCCCUGAUGAGCUUUAUCCAGCAGAACGUCGGCAAGAUGGAACCCUCUGUUGAGAAUGUGGACGAUCGGAAGGAUGACUGGCUUUACUGGGGGAGUCAGGCUGAUGCCAACGACCGCAAGUUCUGGUAUACGGAAGACUAUACCUACGGAAGUGUCAAGCAGCGCUUCACGACCUACGACAACGUUCAGCCUAUACCAGCGGGGUACAACGACAUCACCUGGCCUACCACAAGCACCAAGUCCUUCGUCUUCAAGCGCAACUACACCUUCUCCAUCGUCGACCGCGGCUCCGACGCCGCGAGCUGGUGGGGCGCCACGGGCAAGAGCUUCACGACCGGCAGCUACACGUUCAGCAACCAGGACCCCAAGGACUUCUCGUCGGUCGUGUGCGGCAUCAACAUCUUUGGGCAGGACACCUACUACAAGAACCCGAAACAGGGGAGCACGCUGCCGUUCAACGGGCUUUGUCGGACGAACAAGCGGGAGUUCAAGAGAGGCUGGGAAGACCAAUUCGUCACGUCUCGCUGUAUGAUUGAUUUUGGAUCGUCGCUUACGAAGCGGUCCGGGGGAUCAAGGGUGGAGGAGGACUGGGAAGUCAAGAACCUCACCGUCUUUGACGAGGAGCUCGACAUGACGAAUCCCAACGCUCUUGUCGAGCUUAUGGAGCGGGAAAUGACCGAGGCAAAAGAGGCGGAGGAGAAACGUCGCCAGGGCUCGGUAAGCGCUGCUGGGGGACCGACGCUGAGGGCGACGGUGCCUGGGGAGCAGUCGUUUGCCGAGGAAGCAGAAAGCAGUACGUUGAUGGAUGAAGCAAGUCCGUCAUUGGGUGAGACUGUUGAGGUGGACGGAUUGCGGUUGGGGCUGGGAUUGGAGAGUUUUGGUGACAAGAUGUAA